AUGCUCCACACUGCACAGCAGGGCAGGAUGCUCUGUGCUCCAGACGCUGGGGGACCCCAGGUCUUGGUUGUGGGCAUCCUGACUUUGGUGCUUUGUAGCUCCUCAGGACGGACAGUGUCCCUGCCUCGGGCCCUGCCACUCACCUCCAGCUGGGAACACCAAGGGGGCUUUGUCUUCAUCCACAUGGAGAGCAGCCUGUACUCACUGCCCUGCAGCCCUAUUGAAAUGGAGGUGGCUGAUCCCACCUACCACUGGGGGCAGGACCGGCCAGUCCCCAGGUUGCUCUCAGUCACCAAAAAGGGACAUCUCCUCUUCCAACACUUCCAAGCAGCCGACAGCGGGAAGUACUCGUGCACCAUCUCCUACACAAAGCACAGGAUCCCUGUGUCCCAAACAUUCCACUACAGCAUCCUUGGCUACCAUGUGCCCGGAGGCCUGGACACUGUCCUGCUCUUCCAUAGCAAGUUCUGUGAGGAUGAGUGGACCAAAAGGUUCCUGCAGGAUCUACAAGAUAAGCUGAGGCAGCUGGAGAUGGAGCAGCACUGCAAACUCCAGCUCAAUGCAACUUUCUGCUUCCCCUCGCUCAACAGCCCUUCGGAUGAAUUCAUUGUCCAAGUACAGCUGGAAGUGUCCCUCUUUGGACCCAAUUGGGAUGAACACUGCAACUCCCAGGACAUGGAGAUGGUCACAGACUGCUACCGCAUAACAGUCCUGCACAACCUGAGGCAGGUCCAGCUCGCCCUUAGCAGGUUCUUCAAGGAGCACAAGUCCUUCCUCAUCACUAGGCCUGGUAUCCCCAGCAUCAACUUCACCAACGAGUUUGUCGGCUUCCUAAGGAUCGAGCAGUGCAGAGCGGGCUAUGGGCAGACCAAGCAGCUCCAAAGAUGUCCUGACUGUUGCAUUGUAUGCCCACCAGGGAUGUUCGGCCCUCCAAAGAGCAACAAGUGCUUCCCAUGCCCUGUUGGGACCUACAGUGUGACCCACGGGGUGGCAUUCUGCACUCCCUGCAAGCAUGGCAUGACCACCGGGGCAUCAGGUGCCAGCUCCAUGAAGGACUGUGUCAAGAAGGAAAGGACCGAGCAGGCUGUCUCCAUCGUGCACAAGAUGCCAGCCCUGCUCCUUAUUGUCUUGCCAGCAUUACUAUUCCUCAAUGUUCUCUUCAUCCUAAGCUCUUGUUACUGGUUCUAUCAAGAUUACCAUUUGCAGUCUCCAAGAGCUUCCAAGAUGAAAGGAAGCACCGUGAGGAUGGAAAGGACGAGCGAUUCCUUCAGGAGCCCCAAGCAGAGCCUCCAAGGUCUCCUUGAUGCCAGUGACACCAGGAGCGACAAGGAGCAGAGGGAUGGAGCACCAUCCCCUGCCAUGUCCCUGAACCUGGCUGCGGUGACUGAUGAGACAACUCCUGUGCUGGCACCAGAGGAAAGAAGGAACACCUGAGAUUCCCUGAGGAACAGCAUCCCUCCAGCUACUGUUGCCCAUUAUUUCUGUGUCCCAAACCACCUCACACUGCCUGAAAUCUCCAGCAAUGGAUAAGAGGGAUACCCUUCUUCUCCUGUCUAUAUCUUCCCGAAUGGCUCUGACUACAACCACUCCUUCGGCUAAUGAAGUUUUACUUCUAGUUGCA